AUGACAACCGUUUGUUUCACUCUAUCCUCCCAGCAAGCAACUCCAGCUGUGGCCGACCAAGCCACCACGCUUAUGCUGCGACCAGGCUUCCUCGGUCCUCCCUCAAACCGAACUUAUAUUUUUGACUUUUGUUUCACUCUAUCCUCCCAACCAGCAACUCCAGCUGUGGCCGACCAAGCCACCACGCUUAUGCUGCGACCAGGCUUCCUCGGUCCUCCCUCAAACCGAACUUAA